UCCUACUUCCCUCCUCCUAGGACUUCCAAACAAAAAGAAAGUUUGGUGGCAGCAGAUUUAUGAGGUAUAAAUUGGUAGGGUGGGGGCUUGGCCUGACAUCAACUCUCAGUGUCUCAGUCACAGCACUCCUUUGCAGUUUGCAAACAUGUCUCACGGUGCAGCUCAGGGCAGCAUGGGCAGCCACUCCUCUAUGGGUGUGCAGAACUACAUGCUGAUCUGCUACGAGUAUGAAAACUUCCAAGGGCGUAGAGUGGAGUUCAACUCCGACUGCUGUAACCUGUGUGAUCGCGGUUUUGACCAAGUGAAGUCCAUCCGAGUUGAAUGUGGGCCAUGGGUGGCAUAUGAGCAGAAGGACUUCUCUGGGGAAAUGUUCAUUAUGGAGAAAGGAGAGUACCCCCGAUGGGAUUCAUGGUCUAACUGUUUCCGGGCCGACAGGAUCAUGUCCCUGAGGCCAGUCCGUAUGGAUUCACAGGACUACAAAAUCUCCCUUUUUGAAUGUGCCAACUUUGAGGGUAGGAAGAUGGAGGUCUGCGAUGAAGACAUCCCAAGCAUGUGGUCUUAUGGAUUCCAGGACAGGGUUGGCAGUGUCCAAGUCCUUGGAGGAACAUGGGUUGGAUACCAAUAUCCUGGCUACAGAGGAUAUCAAUAUCUGAUGGAAUGUGGACCCUACAAGCACUGGAACAACUGGGGAGCCAGUCAGCCCCAGAUCCAGUCCAUCCGCAGGGUGAAGGACAUGCAGUGGUGCAAGAGAGGGACCUUUGCAGUUGUGAAUUAAAAUUACACAAAGCAUGAAACCCAAUCUGACUGUCAAAACAAAGGGACUUGUUUCUUUUUUUUAACCAUUUCAGUUUACUGUUAAAGGAAACAGCUGUUACAAUUCCUAUGCUGCCUUUGAAGCUAUUAAUGAAAUCAUUUGACUAGGUAAAAGUUUAGUUGGGAUCAGAUCCAGCUGAAUAAACAUACCCACUGCCCUGAUACGAUACUGUAUAUCUGCUGUUACCAUUGCAAACCAUGGACAAUCUCAGGCAUCAUUGUCCACUGAGUAUUUAUCUGUUAACCCAGCAUGUCUAUCUGUAAGGGGACAGUGGAUAUAGUGUGCAUUUGCCUCUUUUCUCCACCUUUGCAAUGGCCAGUUCUUGGUCUUCCUGCAAUGGUUCAUUUCUAGGGUCUAAACACAUGCACGGCCAAAAAAAAUCCCAAAUAAUUCCUAGAAUGAACAGAUAGCUUGAAGUUACUAUGGCUCCAUGCCAUUGGCAUCGGGUUUGGUUCUCCAUUAUGCUGCUAGAAGUCUGGAUUUCCUCUUGUAAGGAAGCGAAUUCCUUUCUAGAGAGACAAUUCAGACAAAGGCCUGAAAGAGCUACUUGAUGUUAUCUAAACCAUAUGGGCUUCACGAGUCAGGACUCUUACUGUUCUAUUUCUCAGGGAGAAACAAGUCUUGUCUUACUUCAGUAAUCCACAAUCAGUAGGUGAAUGCAAAUAUUUCACUGUCCAUCAUGCACUGAACUCUGCUAUCAGAUAUGCUGAUCCAUUGAUGGUAAUGUCAAUCUCUUUGCAGUAAUAAAUUAUAAUAUAACCAAA